AUGGACCACGUGACUUCGUGUUUUCCGCGAGUUGUUAGACGCGCCGUCGAAGACCGAGUAUCGUUUCCAUUAGUCGAAGUUGGCGGGUUCCUAAAGACCUCUGACCAGUACUCCGACAGUGAGGAGAUCGUCCACGCGAAGCCACCGCCGAGUCCGAGUCCUUCCACAGGAGUGACGGAACCUGUGCCUGUCGAUGAGAUUGAUGCAUAUAUUCCGAGCAGCCAGACAGAUCUAGAGACCUCUCUACCCGUCAUAAAGAUCGAAAAGGAUGCGAUUGAAGAAUACGAAGCGUCGAAGAUCGAGGACGGGGAGAAUGGACCGGAACUCCAUGUCAGGCUGCGGGAUGGUGUCUGGCAAAAAGGCAAAAGCUCCAUAUAUGUGGAUGCGUUCAAUCUAGCGCUUGAGACCGUGUUGGAUGACGAAUCGCAUCUCUUUCAUGAAGCUGAGAUGGAGGUGUUCAAGCAGUGGAAGGAAUUGUCCUACGAGUCGCAAUAUUUGUAUGUACGAUUAUUCCUCCGCAAGACUUCUGCUUGGCACCGAAUCAAUCGGCUGGGCUACUACUCCGAUAUUUCAGACUUGGCUUUAGUAGCUACAGAUCUUCAACGUGAUCGAGAUCUACCAUCCGGUGAAAGCCAAGACGAUGAUAAGCACGCGCUCGGCUCUACCUUCCGGUUUGCCGAUGGCACACAAGAGAUUACCACGCUGGAAGAAGCGUCUUCUCUUCUGCUGCUGGAUGAGUUGAAGGGAUUUGCAAAGGAUGUCAAAGCACAAGGCAAGAACAAGAAAGACCUAGUAGCAGCAUUGUGUGAGACGAGUCAAAGUCAAACUGGUCUAGGGUUCAAGGAUAAGACAGACGCCAACAAUCCCGGUAACAGGGACGACCAUUUUGUAAAGAAGAUUUUGGAUUAUACGGGCGACUGCAUUCGUCUGUCGCCGGGUCCACGCACUCUCUUCGAGCGAGUCCAUCUCGUCUUCUACAGAUCGACAGAGUGGACGGAGAAGUCACUCACAACCAUCAUUCUCGCCAAAAUCUCAAGGAGAAACUUCCCAGAAUAUAUAGUUUGUCGGUCAAACUCAAUAUUCUCAUCCAGGGCAUCACUCCUCGAAUUUGAAUCUGCAAUUCGCACUCAGUUUGACAUCGACAAUAUCUUGGAAUUCAACGGUGCUCCAAGCACAGAGUCUUUACAAAAGAUUAUAGACCUCGCGGACAAGUUCUAUCCUCGAUGGCAAUUUAUGGUCAAAGAAGAGCAACAAAAAGAAGACUCGAUCUAUGAGAGCGGCGAGGGUGCUUAUCUGCGUCGUUUCUCGCCCGCUUGGGUGUACACGAGAAUCAUCCAUAAAAGUCUUCACCCCCUUGGUCGAUUCAAGGAACAUAAACGCGAGCACGAGGUCAUCUCAGACCUCCUUGCACAGCGGCUAUUCCACGCGGCUCGUCGAGGGGCUUGGUACCAGCGUAAAGCACUUCUUGAAGAACACUACAUGUGGGCCCUCAUGCCAUCGGAGGGCCGCAAUGAAGAAAAGCAGCGCAAGUUCUGGAAACGAAUUGCGCUACGGACGUGCGAAGAGGGACUUGAAGAUCCGCUCUGUCAUAUUAUAUAUCACUACGAUCUUCAGAAACGGAUUAUGAAGCUUGAGAAAGCUCUGAAAGUUGUCAAGCGAGAACAGCACGAUUUCGGACACGUCAUGCUAAGCAAACCCGUUGAACGAACCAUCGAGGGUAUCCGCAUAGAACGCGACAUCGAUGUCUCGAGAAAGGGCAAGGCUACCAUCUGGAUCGACGAACGCGAGGGCGGCGAGUGUAGAGUUGAAAGCAUGUGUCUGAGCUGGUACCGCGACCAUGGCUGGAAAGGCUACCAUUCCGAGGGGGGGCAUUAUCAGGACUUUGUUCGGACUCCGUUUCAGACGUGUCCGCUCGAUCUGCACACUGAUGUCUUUUAUCCGUCUCGUGCGUCAGAGAUCAAUCAUCGACUGGUCGAAAUUACCAAUGGCGAUGCUGAGCGGAUUAUCCGCGAGAUCCAUGAGCGGGAAUCUGCUACUCAGCCGUGUGCUAUUGGGAUUGACUGGUCUUUUGAACUGAAUGACCUGGUUGAGAUUGUGCAGUGUUUUCGAGGUGAGGCGCUGGCUACUAUAUGUAAGGUGAUGGCUCAGGAAUAUCAGCAGCGUGGAGGAGGAAUUCCAGAUCUGUUCCUGUGGAACCCGCAGGAACGGGUUGUCAGGUUCUCCGAAGUAAAGUCGGAAAACGAUCGGUUGAGUGAUACCCAGCGGUUGUGGAUUCAUAUUCUCAUGGCGGCGGGUGUACAGGUUGAGUUGUGUAAUGCCGUGGCGAGGGAGGUGAGGACGGAAUGA